UUCUGGGUCAGAGCAAAACGAUGUCUCGUGAUAAAGCUGACUGACCGUCACGCAAAGGUUUGCCUGAUCUUCAAGCUCAAAACAACCUCGGAUUUGUUGGUUUUUAUUUUCCUACUGAUCUAGAUUGUUUUGCCAAAUUCCAUCGGGAAGGAGAUGCCUCAGUGAUCGGCUGUUUAUGAUCAGCACGAUGUCAGGGAACAAUCUGGUUCUACCCAUUGUUCUAUGGGGCCGCACCGCUCCAACCCACUGUAUCAGCAGCCUGUUGGUGAUGGACGACUUCAGCACAAUCAUCACUGGCUGCCACGAUGGACAGAUCUGCCUUUGGGACCUGACGUCAGAGCUGGAGAUUUGUCCCAGGGCCAUGUUGUUUGGUCAUACAGCCUCCAUCACCUGUCUGUCGAAAGCCAGCGCCUGCUCAGAUAAACAGUACAUUGUCAGUGCAUCAGAGAGUGGGGAGAUGUGUCUAUGGGAUGUAAAUGACGGUCGCUGUAUUGAAUUUACAAAACUGGCUUGUGCUCACACCGGCAUACAGUUCUAUCAGUUCACGGUCAGCACGCAGCGAGAAGGUCGUCUGCUGUGUAAUGGCCACUACCCAGAGAUCCUUGUGGUGGACGCCACCAGUUUGGAGGUGCUAUACUCGCUGGUGUCCAAAAUAUCCCCCGACUGGAUCAGCUCCAUGAGUGUUAUCCGAUCACACCGCACACAAGAGGAUACAGUCGUGGCAGUGUCCGUGACGGGCAUUUUGAAAGUCUGGAUCAUCACAGCAGAGGUCAACAGGAUGCAGGACCUGGACCCGGUGUUCGAAGAAGAAUCCAAACCCAUAUAUUGUCAGGGCUGUCAGAGUAUUUCCUUCUGUACCUUCACUCAGAGCAGCCUGCUGGUGGUCUGCUCCAAGUUCUGGAAGGUUUUUGAUGCAGGUGACUAUUCGCUGCUCUGCUCCGUGCCCAGUGACAAUGACAAGGCUUGGGCUGGCGGAGAGUUCAUUGCAGCCGACAAAGUCAUCAUCUGGACUGAAGACGGCUGUAGUUACAUCUAUAACCUACCGGCCAGCUGUCUCCCCGCUAGUGUACAUUUCCGAAGCGACGUGGGCAAAAAAGAAGGCUCAAUACCGCCGCUGGUCUACAGCAUCGAGAAUCUAACAGACAAACAGCUCCUGAUAUGUCCUCCUGUGACUUGCUUCUUCUUUGGUCGACGGGAGCCCUUCCACAAGUUACUGAUCCAGGGAGACUCUGCGGGCAGACUGUCUUUGUGGAGCAUCCCGGAUUCUUCGCCUCCACAGCCACUGUCCACUCCGGCGGAGCUGCAGGUCUCAUCCACCAUCAGUCUCCAAGAGGCAUUUGAUAAAUUGAUUCCCGUGUCCUCCGGUAUCAUUGACCAGCUCAGCCUCCUCCCCAGCAAAGAGGAACCGAUUAAGGUGACGGCCAGCGUCUACAUCCCCUCGCAGGGUCGACUGGUGUGCGGGAGAGAAGACGGCAGCAUUAUUUUGGUUCCUGCUACUCAGACUGCAAUCGUUCAGUUGCUGCAGGGAGAACACAUGCUUAGAAGAGGAUGGCCACCCCAUCGCACGCUCCGAGGUCACAGGAAUAAGGUGACGUGUGUCCUGUAUCCGUACCAGAUCUCGCCCCGCUACGACCAGCGUUCUUUGGUGUCGGGAGGGGUGGACUUCUCUGUCAUCGUGUGGGACAUUUUCACCGGAGAGAUGAAGCACAUUUUCUGCGUGCAUGGAGGAGAGAUCACCCAGCUCAUCGUCCCUCCAGAAAACUGCAGCACUCGGGCGCAACACUGCGUCUGCUCCGUGGCCAGUGACCACUCGGUUGGCCUGCUCAGCCUUCGGGAAAGGAAGUGCAUCAUGCUUGCGUCACGGCACCUGUUCCCCAUCCAAGUCAUCAAGUGGCGCCCCGCUGAUGAUUACCUCGUUGUCGGAUGCUCCGAUGGCUCCGUUUAUGUCUGGCAGAUGGAUACAGGGGCCUUGGACCGUUGCGUGAUGGGUAUUACUGCAGUCGAGAUACUCAAUGCCUGCGAUGAGCUGGCUCCGGCCACCGUGGACGCCCUGAGCCAUUCGGCAGUGAACCUGAAGCAGGCAAUGACACGCCGGAGCCUGGCGGCACUGAAGAACAUGGCUCAGCACAAACUGCAAACACUCGCCACCAAUCUGCUGGCGGCAGACAACGCUGACAAGGGAAACCUGCCCAAAUAUUCUCACAAUGCACUGGUGGUCCAGGCAAUGAAGACCAACCUCACGGAUCCUGACAUGCACGUGCUGUUCUUUGACGUGGAAGCCGUGAUCAUCCAGUUGCUAACGGAAGAAGCUCAGAGGCCAAAUCCCAUGCUGGUGUCCCCUGAGACGCUGCAGAAAAGCCAGGCUGGCGCUGACAAGGGAGGCUCUUUCCUGGCCAACAAGAUCUUCAAGCAGGUAAAAGAAACAAUGAAGGAGACCAUCAAGGAGCACCUUUUGGACGAAGAUGACGAAGAGGAGGAGGAGAUGAGGAGGCGCGAGGAGAAGUCAAAGUCCUUGAGUCUUCUGGAGUACAACCUUACAAUGGACACCGCCAAACUCUUCAUGUCCUGCUUGCAUGCCUGGGGUCUCAACGAGCAGCUGGACGGUAUCUGUCUGGAAAGACUUGGGAUGCUUAGGCCACACUGCCCCAUUUCUUUUGGUCUCAUCUCCAGGGGAGGUCACAUGUCCCUCAUGCUGCCCACCUUCAAGGAGUCUUUGCUGCGGCAGUUGUCCCUCGCAACAGGCCGCAAACUGACUUUGUCAGACAUUGUUGGCAAGGGGACGUACGGCGUGUCAAGGGCGGUCACUACGCAUCACCUCCUGUCCGUCAUCUCGCUGGCCAACACGCUGAUGGGCAUGACCAAUGCCACCUUUGUCGGCGAGCAUAUGAAGAAGGCACCGGCCAGGCCUCCCAGACCAGGAGGAACCCCGGAGACUCCUCGUAGGACGCCGGCCACACCCCCUCAGCCCUCCAACCCGGCACUACAAGCCCAGAUCAAACAAGCUGCGGUAGCCACCACAGCCAGCACCAAAGUUUCUGCUACGUUCAACGGCGGGGCCCCGGGGGCUCCUGGGGUUGUUGUUCCUCAGAGGGCCCCGGGCUCCCCCGGCCCUGGUCCUGCUUCUCAUAGCAUCCCCUCGGUCAAUGAAGGUUGGAGCCAGCUGGCAGCAAUGCACUGUGUCAUGCUCCCUGACCUCUUGGGCCUCGAUAAGUUUAGACCUCCACUACUCGAAAUGCUGGCGAGGAGAUGGCAGGACCGCUGUCUCGAGGUACGUGAAGCAGCACAAGCUUUACUGCUGGCUGAGUUGAGAAGGAUCGGCCAAUCAGGGCGCAAGGACACCAUUGAUUUGUGGGCGCCUUACCUGCCUCAAUACGUGGACACAGUUAGCUCCCCCGGCGCAUCCACCGAACCCUCGACUGCGGCUCCGCCACCUCCUGAAGCGCAACCAAUUGAGGCCAAGGCUCCCGAGGAGGAAAUGGACGUCACUGAUGAUGACAUUACUGCAGGCUGCCUCUCGAACCUUCCGCCGAAUGCCAAGAAAAUCUCCAAUUCGUACGAGGAGCGCCGCAAACAGGCCACCGCCAUCGUGUUGCUGGGCGUCAUCGGGGCGGAGUUUGGGGCUGAGAUUGAACCUCCAAAAGGCGCCGCACGUACUCGGGCCGGCGGCCAGGUCCCCGAAGGCUUUGGACCAACGAGUGGCGGUUCUUCAAACUAUUCCCUGGCUCGACACACAUGUAAGGCCCUGACCUUCCUGCUACUGCAGCCCCCCAGCCCAAAGUUGCCACCGCACAGCACGAUCCGUCGCACCGCCAUCGAUCUGAUCGGCCGAGGCUUCACCGUGUGGGAGCCGUACAUGGACGUGUCUGCCGUGCUUAUGGGGCUGCUGGAACUCUGUGCUGAUGCCGAGAAGCAGCUGGCCAACAUUACCAUGGGUUUGCCGCUCAACCCACCGGCAGAUUCGGCGCGCUCUGCUCGACACGCCCUCUCGCUUAUUGCGACUGCCCGGCCGCCAGCCUUCAUCACCACCAUUGCGAGAGAGGUCCAUCGAUACAACGCAGCCCAGGCCAACUCUCAGUCACAGCAGAACGUUCACACCACCACUCUAGCCCGAGCCAAGACUGAAAUAUUGAGAGUGAUUGACAUCCUGAUCGAGAAGAUGCCUGGAGAUGUUGUAGACUUGCUCGUUGAGGUGAUGGAUAUCAUCAUGUACUGCAUCGAAGGAUCGCUGGUCAAGAAGAAAGGGUUGCAAGAGUGUUUUCCUGCUAUUUGCAAAUUCUACAUGGUGGGUUACUGCGACCGCAGUCACCGCAUUGCUGUCGGCGCUCGACAAGGUUCGGUGGCCCUCUAUGAUGUACGCACUGGAAAAUGCCAGAAUAUCCACGGUCAUAAGGGUCCGAUCACAGCAGUGUCGUUUGCCCCCGACGGCCGUUACCUGGCAACCUACUCCAACGCUGACAGUCACAUCUCCUUCUGGCAGAUGAACACCAGUCUGCUGGGAAGCAUCGGCAUGUUGAAUUCAGCCCCUCAGCUACGCUGCAUUAAGACCUACCAGGUCCCCCCCGUGCAGCCGGCAUCUCCCGGCUCCCAGAACCACUUGAAGCUGGCCCGCCUUAUCUGGACCUCCAACCGUAAUGUCAUCCUGAUGGCGCAUGAUGGCAAGGAGCACCGCUUCAUGGUUUAAAAGGGGAUUGGCAUCAACGUGGAGCUUCGAGGUUUUUUUGCGGUGAGCCCAACGGCGAAAAACCUAAUCGGGACUCUCGGUUUUAUUUUUCAAAAUCAUGUAGAAUGAGGCUCGGAUUUGAAGGCUUAAAAGCAAGCGCUCCGUUUUAAAUAGAAAUUAUCGGAAGAUUUACAGGUUUAUGUGUGUGUGUGUGUGUGUGUGUGUGUGUGUGUGUGUGUGUGUGUGUGUGUGUGUAUGAGUGUUUUAUCUCCCACAGUGAUGCUCAUGAAUGAAUUCACCUGCUAAUUUAUUUAUUGGCUGAAAAACAAGGCUAACGCUCUGAUGUAUGUUCAUGUUGUUUUAGUAAUUUAGAACUUCUAGUCAUUCCUAAUGAUUUGCUCGGUUUUUGUUUUUUCCUCCUUCGUCAUAGUUGGAGUCAGGAGUGGUCCAUGCAUUCCCCCCGCCCCCCCUCUUUUCUAUUUAUUUGAUGUCAGCCUGUAUGACGCUAGCAAAUUAGCUGUUAUUCAUUGUAACACUCAAUGAAGUCCCAACGUGUACAGUAUUAAUAUCCGAUAUUACAUAUCAUGCCGUCUCGUAUGAAUCUUGCACGUCUUAUUUGUUUCUCGUGGUGUAUGUGACUGGCUGAAUCCCCCGCGUGGGAACGACUUCCUCCGGUCAUCCGUGUUCAAAGAAACGUACCCAUUUGACGACAGAUUUACGAUCGCAAGAGCCUCUCGCCAUGUCUCCCAUCAGUCACCAAUGUAGCUUUUUGCACACGACAUUGCAACCGAAACAUGAAAUUGAUACAGUGGAAAAACAAAUGUGAUGAUUUUGGUUUUUUUUGUUUUUUUUUGUGCAAAUUAUCGUUACCGUCUGGACCUUUCUGCUUUGUGACGUGUUGCUUCAUGCAUUGUUUUAUGGAGAAAGACGUCGAUAUUUGCGUGGAUACGAUCUAUUUCUAAAGUGAUUGGGCCUGUGAGUGCAUUUGAACUGUGAUCUCAUUUAGGCAGUAAGAAUUUAUUUACUUUGGGAAAAGAUUUCUGGUGGCGUUUACCAGUUCCACCUCCACUCUCGCGACCCUCCUUGGUUUUCCACCCUCUGUUUUCAGUCAAGUUUUCCCGUGGUGGUGUCAGCAGAAAGCUUCUAACACUGAUACACACCUGUAAACAACAAGUGUCAAAGCUUUUCACAAGUUUCUUGUCGGUUUCGAUGGAAAAAAAAAAAAAAAAAGAAAAAGAAAAUCCAGUAUCUUAUCAGACUGCUCUUGAAACUUCCUCGCAAGUACAGUGGCGACAAAAAGUGUGCAUACAGCUUUUUUGAUUGUUUUGUGAUGAAUUUAAAAAAAAAAGAGAAAGAGAGAGACUGGGUGCGCCGGGGAGGGGUGGGGGGGUCUGGUUAAUCUGACUCAUAACCUGUACAGCUAAAUAGAGACGCAGAAAUGUUCCUUUUUUUGGGGGGGGUGUACAAUUUUUGGGGUUUACAAUCUGGCAUUUGAACAGGGGUGUGCAGACUUUUUCUAUCCAUCUAAUUCCAGAGGCCAUUGAGAUCCUCAUCAUGGUUUUUCUCCAGCAUACUCAAAGCUUUGGAAAAAAACUUUUCCUUUUUCCUUUUUUUUUUUUUUUUCGUCUUUGGGGACAGAAGGUGAGAAAACGCAGGCGAAGAGGAAGAGCUGAAGAGUAAGUAACAAGUGAGGAGGAUCAGUCAUCC